GCCCAAAAUGGCAGUAGUGAAACAGUUGUCCGGAGCGGCUAUCCAACGUGAGAAUUAAUAUAUGUGAGAGAAUGUACGACCCAGAUGAAAUACAACAAAGGGAUUCCGCUGUGACUGCGUGACGCGCAGGGCAGGAGGGACAAGGAACCAGGAGAUGAAGAGCCAGGAGCAGAAGAUGAAUCAGAGUGCCCUGAAAUCCCAAGUGCAAAAUGAUCCAAAACGGCCGUGUGCAACCAAGAGCCUCCAGUUCCGAAAUAUUGCUCCUAAGGCACCUUCAGCGGUCCCCAGCCAGGCCGUCCUGACCUGUCGGUCCCCCUCAUCUCUUGCCGAGGCAACCACGCCAGUCAGUCCCAGGUCCAUCGUGGUUCCAGCACAAAAUUAUGCCUUGAUGCAAGUGGCUGGCCGGGAGGGAACCUUCUCCUUGGUGGCACUGCCCCCAAGCGUGUCUACUCAACCACCACAGCCACAGAUGAUUCAGAAGGACACCUCUGUCCAAGGACAUCUCAAGCUGCCCAUCCCUCGGUACCAGCCUGCAAGGAGCAAGAGUGCACCGGAAAAAUCAAAACACCAGGAACUCCAAAGACCCAGCAAAGAGUCUCGAUCAACACGGGCAGUGACACGCCAAAGACCCGCAGGGUCGGCUGAAACCCUGUCAGCGGCUGAGCCAAUGGUGCCUGUCCAACCAACAGACUCGGGCUCUGCCGGAGUGCCACCUCUUGGCUUGCUCACAGACAACCCAGUCCAGUGCCCUGGAAUCCAGGCCAAAGUCCCUGUAGACAAAGAAAAAGCAGACCCUGCUGCUCCCAGCACAUCAGCAUCUGGUGGAGCGAAAGAGACACUUGCACCCGGGUUAUUUUUAAGCGGCAACAGCUCCUCGACAAAGGCAGAAGAGGAGAGAAAUACUAAGUCCUGUCUUGUGGAGCUGACUCUGCCUCCAGCCACCACUGUUCUGUCUCCGGCUGUCAUCAGUAAGGCUGUCCGGCUCGUUUCCUCACCGCCCAAGGGGAAGCUGCCAAUAUUGCCAUAUCCUCGGAAGAAGAACGUUGCCUCACCUGUAGCUAAACUGAAACCAAGGUGUCCAGAAACUCAGUCCUACGUUGUAAGCUCAUCACCUUUGACCACAACAACAGCUGCUACCACUGAAGUAGUUUAUCAGAAGCAGGUCUCAGUCAGCACACGACAGAACCUGCCGCAGGAGAAUGGCAACAACUCAUCCAGCAUGGGGUCCUGUACCCUGAAGCCUGUUGGAAAGAAAAGAGUGAAAAAGAGAAAAGUCUUUGAGGAAAUGGCUUUUGAGGCCAGAAAGAAGAGGUCUUUGUCAUUUUCUCGAAGGGUGACUGAGAAACCGGCACAAGCAGGUCCCACAGAAAAAACUAUUGAUAUUUCCAAGAAAUACCGCAGUAUCAUGCCAAAGCCCUUGCUUAUGUGGGAGAGGCCGCCGCAGCUGGUGGCUGUGUCAUCUUUCCCAGCACCCCAGCACCUGGACCACGACUUUGUCCUUAGGGCUCCAGAGGGGGCCCACGUGACUCCAGGGAGUCGGCAGCCACAUCGGUGCCCCGUGUGCAGCCGCUGUUUCCGCCUCCGGAGCCACCUUCAGAGCCACGUGAGGAGCCACGCCAAUAGCAGACCUCACGUGUGUCCGACCUGCGGAAAGGGCUUUGCUUAUCUGGGUGGCCUCAGUGCCCACGCCAAACGGCAUCACCGUUCCGAGGGCCGACCCAGGAGCUCGCUGCACUGCCAGUUCUGUGAGAAAGCCUUUGGCUAUGUGGGAGUGUACUUCAGCCACCUGAGGGAGGUGCACAGAGUCAUCCUCACGGUGGAGCCCUCCAUCAGCCAGCAUGAGGACGACAUCCCCAUUGAAGGCAUGAUGUCACCAGACUCUGCAGACGAGCAGGAGGGCCCCGUAGAGCUGCAGAUCAAGUGCGGCCGCUGCCAAGCCACCACCCCCACCUUUGCGGAUAUGAGGCUGCACCUCCUACACGUGCACGGGGAACAGGUGCCGGAGAGAGGGGAGUGGCUCGGACGUCGCCAGGCCGAGGACGAGCUGGUCAGGCACGCUGCUCACUAUUGGAGGGAACUCAAUGAGAGGAAAAACCUGGCCACGGGCUACAUUUGUGAGGAGGAAGACGACUUCCUUCCUUUCCCCAAAUUCAAGAGAGACACAUCACCCCUUGACCAGGGGGAACCAGAGGGGAUCGAAGGGCCAACGGGGGAUGCCAAAGCAUCCAGCAAGUGUGUGACACUCAUGUCUGGCUCUUCUUUUAACUGCCUGCUGUGCAGCUUGCUCCUAAACAGCAAGGAGGAGCUACUGGACCACUGGAGGAGCUGGCACCACUGUGCGGACCCUACGCUCCUGUGGAAUGCUUUCUGUUCUUACUUGGGUCCUGGGAGGCCCACAAAGGAAGAGGAAGAGGAGAAUUUUUAAGCCAAUUGUCACCCUUGAUCAUUUUGGACAUGCCACCCAUCGGCUAUCCAGUCCUGGACAUCUGAGAUUCCAAAAAGAUGAGAAGUCAAUUCAAUAUUUAGGAUUUCUAGUCCUCCCAUUUUAGUUACAUAUUUUAAAUAAUUCCCACUUCUUCAGUUUAACUGUUCAUUUGGUAGGGCUCUAAGUCAGCAAGAAUGUACAUAGCAGAGAGAUUUUUUUAAAAUUAAUUUUAAGGGUGUUUUGCCAAUAAUGAAAGUCCAGUAGUAGCAAAUGGCAGAAAUUCCAAGCACAUGAACACGUGAAAUGAAGCCAUGGGUGCAAAUUGCAUGUAUAUCAUUGCAAGGCUUCCUGAAUGUUUGGAAUGUGAACACUGUCCAAUCUGUCCCAAAGUGAUUUUUCCAGUCAUGGAUUUGGAGUCCUGCAACUUCUGCCAAAGCAGGAAAUGUAUAUGUGGAAUAUUUUCGCAGAUUAACUAACUAGAUGGUCUGCAGGAGUUUUACUGAAAGAAAAAAAUUUCACAUUUUAACUAGUCAGGUUUGUACAAUAUGUAAGAAAAUUAGAAUUUAAUAAAAGUGUCUCUGGUAGGAAUAUCCAAACUGCUAUCCUAAAGAGCAUUUUUGGUUCUUGUGAUCAUUACUAUGAAAACCAUGCUUAGGGCUAGUAACAUAGCAAUAGAAGCGCAAGGUUAUCAUUAAGAAAUUUAACCACUGCAUGACUUUUCCCCUAAAUUAAAAAAAGAAAAAAAGUGUAGUGUGGUGGAUUAAAACUUGUUUCUCUGUGGUUAAAAUGUGGUAAAUCAUUCCCAGUCUCCCUUUGAACAUACAUUCAUCAUCUCUUACACUCAGUCUACUGUCCUCAGCCUAAAGGAAACAUCUAAAUGUGUUCCUCUGUGGAAUAAGUGACCAGCAGGGAUGUGGGGGUGUGAGGAAUGUGAGUGGUGUUCAUCUAAGUGUUUUUCCAGUUGUGAGGUAGACCUUCAAAGGAGACCAAAAUUUUUACCAUUUUAGAGGCUCUUUAGGGGAUUAUGACAUGUUUAUCUAAAAGCUGAGCUGAGAGAAAAAUGUUAUUUUUAUGUGGCAGCUGCAAUAAAGCACAUGUAUGUUUUGUAGACGUAGGCUGUUUAUUAAAUUAUAAUAAAUAACUAUUUAAAUUGAUGA